AUUUCUUCAAUCCAUUUUCAUCAAUAUCAAAAGCCUCUCAGUUCUUUAAGAUCUCAGGGCUGGUGUGUUGAGAUUGGGAAUGGGAGAGACAGAAGAAGCAGAAAAGCAUGGCAGUCCAAAGAAAACUGAAGAAGAGAAAAAGCACAAGGAAAAGAAGAAAGAUAAGCAUGAAGAUGAUGAUAAUGAAGAAGAGAAAGGAGAAAAAAGUGGUGACAAAGAAAAUAAGAAGAAGAAGGAGAAGGGGGAUAAGGCUAAGGAGAAGGCUGGAAAAGAGAAGAAGAAGAAGAAUCCUGAAGAUAAAAAGGAUCCAGUAAAGUUGAAGCAAAAACUAGAGAAGCUUGAUGCCAAGAUCCAGGAUCUUAUGGCUAAAAGACAAGAAAUUCUCAACCUGCUCAAUCAAGCUGAGAAUCAUGCACCAAAUCCCAGUGCAGAAACAUGAAAAAAACAAAACCAGAUAUUUAUUACUCAUCAAAUUGCAGUUUUAGGGACCUUAUAAUAAUAACCCCAAAAUAAUGUAUUAAGUUAGAAUAUGAUGCUAUAAAACUUGUUUAAUAAACCUAAAUUGAAAGAGUAGUCAUUAUAAUGCAGAAAGGUAUCCAACAAUCCCAUAUUUCAUAA